CACAUAUCACAAAGAGGAGAAAAAGAUAUAAUUAGAGAGAGGGAAAAAUAAAAUCUCUCAAUAAUAUAAAACAUAACCUAAAUAUAGUAGAUAGAAUUGUAAUACUUGCUUCCACAUGAAGUGAGAAAACGUGUCAAAGUCUGAAUCUAUCUCCCUCUCUCAACUCUCAAGAUAUAUACUUUUCUUUUGGUGCACUAGCAAUGUAAAGUAAUAAACUUUAUUACCCGGUGGUCUUUUACCUUUGAAGGAUAAAAAAAAAAAAUGGAUAUUUCUAUGCUCGACCGACGGUGUUGAGGAUCUGAGUCCAUAUUUACUUUUUGUUUACUACAUAGAUUGCUUGAGAUCUUUGGUUACCUAGGUAUAAAGUUCGAGUCUUUACAAGUGGGCCUUUGAUCUGAACUUGGGUUAUCUGCUUCACCGUUCUCUUCUUCUGGCCGAAGAAAAAUGAGGGAAACGUUUGUAAUUUGGGUCUGUGUCUGGUUUGCGCUCCUAGGGUCGUGUUUGGCCAGAUUUGUAGUUGAGAAGAACAGUUUGAAGAUUACGUCACCCGACUCGCUGAAAGGAGUUCACGAAUGUGCAAUUGGGAAUUUUGGGGUUCCCGAGUAUGGAGGCACAAUGGUCGGAACUGUGUUGUACCCCAAAUCGAACCAGAAGGCGUGCAAGAGCUUCGACGAUGGCGAUGUUGCCUUUAAGCAUAAACCUGGUGGCAUUCCAAUUUUCUUACUUGCUGACAGAGGAGAUUGCUUUUUCACACUAAAAGCCUGGAAUGCUCAGAAAGGUGGGGCUGCGGCUAUUCUCGUAGCCGAUGAUCGGGUGGAACCUCUUAUCACCAUGGACACCCCCGAGGAAGAAGACGCACAUGCAGACUACCUGCAGAACAUAACCAUUCCAUCUGCUCUCAUCAGCAAGUCACUCGGGGACAAAAUAAAAAAGGAACUAGCUAAUGGGGGGAUGGUCAACAUAAAUCUCGACUGGAGGGAAGCUCUCCCUCAUCCAGACGAGCGUGUCGAGUACGAGCUCUGGACCAAUAGCAACGACGAGUGUGGGCCCAAAUGUGAUGCCCAGUUGAAUUUCGUCAGAGAUUUCAAGGGAGCUGCCCAGAUACUCGAACAGAAAGGAUACACUCAGUUCACCCCGCAUUACAUAACUUGGUACUGUCCCGAGGCUUUUAUACUGAGCAAGCAGUGUAAAUCGCAGUGCAUAAACCACGGGAGGUAUUGUGCUCCGGAUCCCGAGCAGGAUUUCAGCAGAGGGUAUGAUGGCAAGGAUGUUGUUGUGCAGAAUCUACGCCAGGCGUGCUUUUAUAAGGUAACGAAUGAAAGUGGGAAGCCGUGGCUAUGGUGGGACUAUGUGACUGAUUUUUCGAUCCGUUGCCCGAUGAAGGAUAACAAGUACACGAAAGAGUGUGCUGAUGAAGUCAUCCGCUCACUUGGUGUUGAUGUUAAGAAGAUAGACGAGUGUGUUGGAGACACAGAGGCAGAUGUUGAUAACCCGAUUCUAAAAGCAGAACAGGAAUCACAGAUAGGGAAGGGCUCACGAGGAGAUGUUACUAUCUUGCCAACUCUUGUUGUGAACAAUGGGCAGUAUAGAGGCAAGCUGGAGAAGGGAGCAGUUCUCAAGGCCAUUUGUUCAGGUUUUGAGGAGACUACUGAACCCGCCAUUUGUUUGACCAGAGAUAUUGAAACAAAUGAAUGUUUGGAGAACAAUGGUGGAUGCUGGCAGGAUAAGGCUGCCAACAUUACUGCUUGCAGGGAUACUUUCAGGGGAAAGGUAUGUGAGUGCCCCGUUGUGCAGGGUGUGAAAUUCGUUGGUGAUGGUUAUACUCAUUGUGAAGCUUCUGGUACAUUUAGAUGUGAAAUAAAUAAUGGAGGAUGUUGGAAAGGAACAAAAGACGGAAGAACAUAUUCUGCAUGCUUUGACAACCAUACAAAAGGCUGCAAGUGUCCGGCAGGUUUCAAGGGUGAUGGAGUUAAUAGCUGUGAAGAUAUUGAUGAAUGCAAGGAAAAGCUGGCUUGCCAGUGUCCGGAGUGCAAAUGCAGGAAUACUUGGGGGAGUUUUGAGUGCAGUUGCAGUAACAAUUUACUAUACAUACAUGAACACGACACGUGUAUAGGUAAAGAAUCUAUUGCACACUAUAGCUGGAGCUUUGUGUGGGUGAUUAUUCUUGGUUUGGCUGUAGCAGGAGUUUCAGGGUAUGCACUGUACAAGUAUAGAAUCCGGCAAUACAUGGACUCUGAGAUUCGGGCAAUCAUGGCGCAGUACAUGCCACUGGACAAUCAAGGGGAGGUUCCCACUCACAUGACUCAAGGGCAUGUUUAGACAUGACUAUAAAUUCUAAGAAUGGUCGAGGAAAAUAGAAAAUCAAAAUAAAAAUGUCACUUCAUCAUCUGCAAUUUAUUCGGUUGUGGGUUGUGGGUGUUUGCCGUGUGCAUCUAUGUAAUGUUAUGAUUUUCAACAGAUGUAGGCAAAACUUAUGUUCAUGUAUAGUGUUCAUGUUGAUUACCCUUUAUAAACUCCCAUUUUUGUGGGAAGUUUUUCCAUGGAUGAUCUUUUCCCAUUAGUGUGGAUAUUUCUGUGCUUGUAUGAGGCUUCAUAUUGGGAGGCAUGUACAUGUAAAGCUGAUCAUUUAUUCCAAAUGGGGUGUUUUUAAUCAUCAUUAAAA